AUGAACAUGUUGGCUUCACCUAGGGACUGUUGGUUUCUGGAGCUGGCGGGGCUGGAGCUGGUGCCCACCGAGUGCGACCGGCGGCUGGCCCAGUACCUGCGGCAGGUGGACGACACGCACCUGGUAUGGCUGGCGGAGAUCGGCGAGGAGGCGGCCCGCAUGUUCAGCAGCAGCAACAGCGAGGAGCCGGAGCUGAUGCCCAAGGCGCCGUCGCAGAAGAACCGGCAGCGGAGGAAGCGGCUGUCCGUCCUGCAGGAGGAGAGCCCGCAGCCCGGCAGGAAGCGGUUAUCCAGGAGGAGGAAGAGCAGCCUCAGACUGAGACCCUCCACAAGAGCAUACUUGCAGCGUUCUCAGAGAGUCCAGAAUAAAGCAAAUCUGGAACUCAUGAUACCUGAGAUUAAACAGGUCUCUCCUCCUCGACCUGUGACAAGUGCUGAGCUGCACCUCCAGAAGAGCACCUCCAAACCAGCAGAGGAGCUCUCCAUGACCACCCCCUCAAGCCCUCCCCAGGAAAGCAGUGUGGCUAAAUCUCCAGCUGCACCUGCAGCCUCUGGGCUGACGGUCCCUGACACCCCCAGGGCAGAGGACGCGGGAGAAGGCGAGGCUGGACUGAAGGCAGCCCAGGCAGCAAAUGCCACUUUCAUUAUAAGUGAAGAGUCUGGGCUGGAGGAAGCAGGUGACCCUGCUCAGGUACCAGAGGGGGCUGGUAAGGAGCCUCCCCAGCACCUAAGGGACCCCCCUGCGACUCUGACAGGCUCCAGGCUGAGCCGCCGCUCCGUGCGCAGGAGCCUGAUGGGCAGAACUUCCCUGACUCGCAGAACCUCCCUGCUGGAGAAAUGCUCCCUUGUCACCAAGAGGGAAAGCAUGCUCCGGAGAUCUGUGACCAGUAGGGCAGCUAGGAAGUCAUCUGUGUCCUCCAGUUGUGUGGAAGCCUCUAGCUCUGGAGAGGUGCCAGAGGAGGAAGAAACAGUUCUGAAAACUGGGCCUCCUCCUGGGCCUUGUACCCCCUCCAAGUUGAAUCCCCAAAGUCCACAAAUGUCCCUUCGCUCCCAAACCGCUGGCAGAAACGAGCAGCCGCAGGAUCCGGGCAGCAACGAAACCAACUUACAGAAGAACGAGGAGAUGCAGAAACCCACUGAUAUUCUCCAGUUACGUGUGCAAGAGCUACUGAACAGAACAAGGCCAGGAGACGGUUCUUCCAAGAAGAAGGUUGCACCAGUCAACAACCAGGAUGCCUGGCCUAAAGAGAGGCUCCUGGACAGCUCCACCACCUCACAGUAUCAACAAUGA